AUGCUUUGUUCGUAUAUCAAGGCUACUAGGUUUCGCCGUUGGCUCGCUCGACCGGACUGUCCGCCUGCUAUCCAAGAGUGCAGGGUCCUUUUCGAUAAAGUAUAUGCCCCAAAGGUGCCUGAGGAUUUAUAUACCCUUAUCCGACGGCGAAAAGCAGUAUUACGGGCCUCACUCAAGUUUGAUGGUAUUAUUUACAGCAGGGCAUCUACGCACCUGGGAAACAGCCAGAUUCUGUUCUAUCCCGACGGAGAUAGAUCGUUGACCCCUGUCCCCGCUAGUAUCAUAUAUAUCUAUGGUACGACGACAGGAGAAAUGUCGUUCGCUGUACAGCGACAUCUCCCGCUGGAUAUUCACAAUGACCCCUUCUCGAUGUAUCCCGAUUUUCCGGCCAAGUUGUACUCGACAAACUUACAGAGUAGUCUCGAAAAAGUCAAGGUGUCCUGGGUAGUUGGCCACUUUGCACGGUGGGCGGUUUCUGACUCUCAUGCAGUAAUUUUAUCCCUAUCUCGCGAUUGA